AUGAAUGACACUCUAUGUGGAAAAUUAGAUAUUUUGAGGAAGCAUUUAUCCGAUGAAUUAAAUGGAAACGCAGAAUUUGACCUAGAACAAAUUAGUGAUUACAGUAAUUACUGCUCUAGUGGAGACUGUAACUCUGAGCUCGAAAAAAUUACAGUUGGAUUUUUAUGGUUACUUGGACAAUAUUUUACUCAAUAUCCAACUAAAGGUAAAGAUACAAAUAGUACUAAACCAUUUUUUCUAUAUAUUAUUUUAUGGUUAAGUCACAAAUUAAAUCAAAUCGCAAAUAAAGAUUUCACUAAAAUAAACGAAUUUUAUACUAAACAUGUAAAUAAUAAUAAUAAAUAUAGUAAGUUUAUAAAUGAUUCCAGUACAUUUACAAAUCUUGAGGAAUUCAUAAAUAAAGAAAACAAUUUGUUGAAUAUUGAUAUUGAAGAUCUGUCUAAAUUUUAUGAUGCAUCCAAAUUAAUAUGUAAUAUGUAUGGUAAUGCUAAAAAGAAUCAAACAGGCGAAACACUGUCAAAUGAUGCUACUAGUUUUGUUCAAAAAUAUACAAAUCUAAACAAUAAAUAUAAAACUGAAGGUGCCCCACAUCUUCAAAUAUUGUCCGCUUUAUUAACUGAUUAUAAUAAUUUAAAUAAGGAAUGUAGCAAUAUUCCACCUUUUUCAGAUAUAUCAUCAAAAAUUUCUGCACUAGCAUCUGAAGAUACAUCAAGUUCGUCGAUAGGAAACAGAUUAUUUACAGUUUUAUCGAUAUUUGGUGCAAUAGCAUUUUUUUUAGGAAUUUCUUAUAAGUAUUCGUUAUUUGGAUUUCGGAAACGAGCUCAAAAACAAUAUUUAAGAGAAAAAAUAAAAAAUAUAAAGAAGAAAAUGAAUCGUUAA